AUGAGUGCCCGGCCUACGACACCGGCUUCCCCCCGGAAUGCCAAGAUCAAGUCUCCUGCUCCGGGCACGCCUCUGUUCGGCUGCGAACACGUACAGCUUCUUCUCUCAAACGGUCCCGAGGUCGUGCAGAGCUCCAUCCAGUACUACAAGAUGUUGCUGAGGGUCAUCUUCGACAAUACUGCUAUUGUGCCGCAGACCACCAAGAGCCCCGACGGUGCUAUCGCCACCUCCUUGACGUCCAACUGGCUGUGUCUGCAGUGCUCCACCAUUGUCCCCGAGGAGGAACGCCCCAAGCACGGCCAGAAGAAGAGCCAUCGGUUCUACGUCGACUCCCGCAGUGGUUCGCUGUAUUGCCAAUUUUGCGAGGACUUCGUUUGGGAUCCCACACUCGAGGAGCUGAGAGUGAGAAAGAUAGGCACCGGCUCUUUUUCAGGUCGCAAACGGAAGCACGAGGAACUGUUCGCUGAUCCGGUCAAGGAUGACCCACGAUACAUAUCCUCAAACACCACGACGGCGUCGUGCAGAGCAGAUGGCCUCCGGGGCAUCUACAACGCCGGUGCCACCUGUUACCAGAACGUAGUCUUGCAGAGUUUUCUGCACAACCCGCUCCUCAGAAACUUCUACCUCAGCGAUGGCCACCAAGAGGGCGACUGUGAAGUGUCACAUUGUCUCAGCUGCGCCAUGGACAAUAUGUUUCAAGACUUCUACGCUCUGGAAACGACUAAUGGCUAUACAGCAGCCAACAUAUUGUCCGGUUUCUGGAUCAGCGAAAAGAAAGCAUUUGAAAACCUUGUGACCACCAAAGAGCAAGACGCUCAUGAGUUCUUCCAGUUCCUCGCUGAAGAGCUGCACGAGCGGAACGGCGAUGGCAAAAGACCCGAGACGGGUAGCGAGCACAGCUGCAACUGCAUUAUACACCAAACGUUCUACGGCAAGCUUCAGAGACAGACGACAUGCCAGUCUUGUGGCGGCGUUACUAUCGCGGUGGAGUCGUUUCUGGACCUGAGUCUGGGAGUUGACAGUUUGGCCCAGAAACGGGGCAAGAAGGCUAGAAACACCCCCCUGACACUGCUGGAAUGUCUCGACGAGGAAUAUAUCAAGUCGGAUAAGUGCGAGUAUCGAUGUCGGAACUGUGAUUCGAUGCAGCAGGCACGCCGCGAUAAUAGCAUCAAGCUUCUGCCGAACACACUAUCGAUACAACUGAAGAGGUUCGAGUUCAAACAAGGAAGCAGGGACAAAUCAGCGUCCAAGAUCGACACUCCUGUGCAGUUCCCUUUGACUCUCAACAUGACUCCAUACACAUCGCGCGGCAGAUCUGCAGACGCCAGAGAAAGCCAGGAGCUGGCGCGGUCGUGUACGUAUGAUUUACUAAGUGUUGUGGUCCACGUCGGUGAGAUAGACACAGGCCAUUAUACGACGUAUUGUCGAGUUGGCGAACAAUGGUUCGCUUUCAACGACCACCGUGUAGAGUUGGCGACGAAAUCAGAAGUACUGAAUUCGAAACCGUAUCUGCUGUUCUACAUCAUCCGCUCACUAGCCUAA